AUGCCGGCUCACAUCCCCAUCGUCAAGAAGCGCACGAAGGUGUUCAAGCGCCACCAGUCGGACCGGUAUGCUGGUGUUAAGGAGGCGUGGAGGAAGCCCAAGGGUAUCGACAACAGAGUUCGUCGUCGGUUCAAGGGUCAAACCCCCAUGCCCAAAAUCGGUUACGGUUCCAACAAGAAGACCCGUCACAUGAUCCCCUCCGGCCACAAGGAGUUCCUCGUCCACAACCUCUCCGAACUCGAGCUCCUCCUCAUGCACAGCGGCAAGUACGCCGCUGUCGUCGCGUCGGGUGUUAGCAGCAAGAAGCGGGUGGAGCUUGUUGAGCGGGCAAAGAUCUUGGGCGUCAAGGUGGUCAACGCUGCUGCCAAGCUGAGGACAGAGGAGGCAUAG